GUUCAAACAACUAAAGGACACCGCUGUGCAACGUUGAGCUGUACGAGGACGAAGAGAAGAAUAUAAAAAAUUACGAAGCCAAAGCGUUUACGAACCCAACAACAGCAACACUCUCUGGAAUUUUCUGGGUAAAAGAAGAAGUCCAGUUAUUGCAAAUACCAGGACUCUCUCUCAAGAACUCUCCUAAGAUUCUCCGAAUUGUCUUCAAACCGAUCUCAUUUUCAUUCCUAUUCGUCUUUAUCCAUUAUCAACCCAAAAGGGAUUUGAAUUUGUAAGUGUAAGAGGUUUAAAAAAAUGGAAAGUGAGAUUGGGGAAUCAACAAGCAGGCCAUCUUGCUCGGUAAAUGGGGGCAACGAGGCGGGUGAUUUUGAAUGCAAUAUAUGCUUUGAGCUAGCUCAAGACCCGAUUGUCACUCUUUGCGGUCACCUCUAUUGUUGGCCCUGUCUCUACAGGUGGCUCCGCCUUCACUCUCAUUCCCACGAAUGCCCGGUCUGUAAGGCUUUAGUACAAGAGGACAGGUUGGUCCCUCUCUAUGGGAGAGGGAAGACACCAACUGAUCCGCGAUCAAAACCAAUUCCCGGUUUUGAAAUUCCUAAUCGCCCAACAGGGCAAAGACCUGAGACAGCUCCUCCCCCGAACCCUAAUGACUUUUCCAAUUUUGGGUUGGGAGCUACGGGUGGAUUUGUGCCAAUGGCAUCUGCGAGGUUUGGUAAUUUUGCAAUGUCUGCUGGUUUUGGGGGUUUGUUUCCAUCAUUGUUUAAUAUUCAGGUUCAUGGAUUUCCGGAUGCUACUGUGUAUGGUUCGACGUCGGGGUUUCCAUAUGGAUAUUCUGGUGCAUUUCAUGGAGGACAUGCUCAUGGGUUUCCACAGACGGGGACUCAAGUACAGCAGGCUGAUAAUUACUUGAAGAUGCUUCUUUUGUUGAUUGGUGUUUCUGUUCUCAUUGCGCUUAUUUGGUCUUGAUGAUCUUGAACUCAAAGAUUUUAAUAGUUUUUGCAGAUUCUAUUGUUGUGUGUCUGUAAAAUUGUAUGGAAAUUAGUUAUUGUUAUGUUUUGUGUUUGGCGAGAUUGUCCAUAUGGUGCACUUUGUUAAUCCUCAUUAUUUUUAUGUGUAAGUUCUCAGUCUCUUUCUCAUAUGUGAUAAAUGUGUUUUGUAGCUUUGCUGAAUUAUAAUUUCUGUUUUGAAAGUUUUCAUAAUUGAUGGUGGAUUCGACAUGCCUA